CGCUGGGGGCGCGGUGAGUCUACGAAGUGGAGGCGGCACCGGGAGAUCCUCUCACACGCACACAGCCAACACACCGGGGCAUGCUGCUCCCCUCACCGCCGCCGCUCGCCGACUAGGCCGGGGACUGUCCCCGGAGCGGAAGCUGAAGCCCAGGCCCCAGGCCCCAGGGGAGGCCUACCCGCGGACAUGUCCGGGAAAAUAGAGAAAGCAGAUAGUCAGCGUUCCCACCUCUCAUCUUUCACCAUGAAAUUGAAGGACAAGUUCCACUCUCCUAAGAUCAUCAAGAGAACGCCCUCUAAGAAAGGGAAACCUGCCGACCUGACUGUAAAACCCCAAGAAAAACCUGUCAACAAAACUCUGAGCCGCUUGGAAGAACAGGAGAAGGAAGUGGUCAAUGCCCUACGCUACUUUAAGACUAUUGUAGAUAAAAUGGCUGUAGACAAAAUGGUGUUGGUGAUGCUACCGGGCUCUGCCAGCAAAGUCCUGGAAGCCAUUCUUCCAUUGGUGCAGGCGGAUACACACACACAACAAAGUACUGCUAUCGCCUCCUGCUACAGCCGAGUGUACCAGUCUCUUGCCAACCUCAUUCGCUGGUCUGAUCAGGUCAUGCUGGAGGGUGUCAACUGUGAGGACAAGGAGAUGGUAUCCACUGUGAAAGACGUCAUAAAAGCUGUGCUGGAUGGUGUCAAGGAGCUGGUGCGAUUGAUGAUUGAGAAGCAAGAGCGCCCAUCACCGACCAGUCCCAUUAAACCAGCCUUACCUGCGUGCAAAGCAGACAGCACGCAAGAUUUGCCUUUGUCUGAUAGAGAGCUGGAGAUUCUUAACAAGUCACCUGAGCCACCUUGUAAGGAUGUUCCAGUAGACUGCUUGGAGACCGAUGAGCUUGCUCCACCCAAACCUCCAUUACCUGGCAUACGGGUUAUUGAAAAUGGGCCACCUCCUGCGUUGCCUCCAAAGAAAAGACAAUCUGCACCUUCUCCCACUCGUGUGGCCAUAGUAGCACCUAUGAGCCGAGCUACAAGUGGAUCCAGUUUACCUAUAGGCAUCAAUACACCGGAUUUUGAAGUGAAUUGUUACGCACAUCGGCGGUUAUCCGGAGGUAGUCAGUCGUAUGGUGGCGAAUCACCGCGUCUUUCUCCGUGUAGCAGUAUGGGAAAACUUAGCAAGUCUGACGAACAACUCUCUUCCCUGGACAGAGACAGCGGCCAGUGCUCCCGAAACACCAGCUGUGAGACUUUGGCUCAUACAGUAAAAAGCCCUUUACGUAUGCAAGGAUUAAAAGAGAAGCAUAGCCAAAGCUCUUUUCACUAUACUUCUAUGGAUCACAGGAGUACAGAUAACUAUGAUCCAGAUUACGAGUUCCUGCAGCAAGACCUCUCUAGCACAGAUCAAGUACUGGGCCAAGUAACUGGAGUCCUCAGCCCUCUCCCCGAAUCUCUAGGAGAGACUGGUUCCCCUUUUCACGGACAAAGCUUCCAAUUACCUCCCAGUACACCUCAGCCCUCAGAAUCCACUCACCCCUUCACUUUAGAGACCCCUCCUGCCCUCCCCCAGAAGAAACGCAGAAGUGCCGUUACCCAUAAUUCGGAUGGCUCCAGAGUCUCCUACGAGAGACAUCCCUCCCAGUAUGACAAUAUUUCCGAGGACGAUCUGCUGCUCCCCCCUUCUAGUACUCCGUUUGCUGCUGUUUCCCCAUUUCAACCUGGGAACACCCCCCAGGUGGAUUUCCUUGAUGAUUUUGUAGGAACAGAGAAUGAUGACAUUCCAGAAAAGCCUCCGCCUCUUCCCGAGAAGAAGAACAAACACAUGAUGACGUAUAUGCAUUUUGUGGAGGACUACUCGGAGCCCCAGCCAUCUGUCUUCUAUCAAACUCCGCAGAACGAACACAUCUACCAGCAGAAGAACAAACUUCUGCGGGAGGUGUACGGUAUUCAUGAUUCGUUCAGUAAUGCAGACCCCGGAGUCGAACGCGCUCCACCACCUGCCCUACCCCCUAAACAGAGGCAAUUGCAGGCUCCCUUUGCUGCCUCUUCCUUCUCCUCUGUCCCGUACUGUGCACAGCCUGCCAAAGGGGUCUUCAACGUACCUGAAGACAGCAGCCACCCUCAGGGCAUCAGUCUCUCAGUCUCUAACUGCUUUCUGAGCCGCCAUGGCUCUUUCCCUGUGCCUUCGUACAAAUCUGUAUUUCGCUCCUACUCCCAGGACUUUGCUCCUCAUGGCCAGGCUCCUGCCCUCCCCUUGCUGAGCCCUGCCAUCUUCUACUCCUCCCGAUACCCCCUCCCAGAUUCUGUACCCCCUCCUCCUGUUGUGCCUCCAGCUUCCCUCUGUCCUCCUUUAGCCUCCUCUCAGGGCGGCAGUGCCUGCGGGACCCCUCCUGCCUGCCUUUCUUUUGAGCCGCCUUUCGCCGGCUCUCUCCAGACAUCAGCGAAUGAAAAUGCCAAUGAGGAGGCGGGCGAUGAGGAAUACGUCAACCUGUAUUCCUCAGGGCAAGGCAACGGAGCUCCAUUGCCCAGUGAUGGUGAAUCUCCUUUAAUUGAUGACGAACAUCAGAGCGCUUCCUCGUCUCAGCCCUGUGCCCCUGGCAGCGAGAACCACGAAACCAUGGACAGGCUACCCAAUUCUCCUGGUGGGCAUAAUCAUGAAACGCCAGAGGCAGAGGAGAGCGAGGAAUUGGAUGAACUUUCCCUUGUAGACCACAAUGAGAUCAUGGCAAAACUCACGCUGAAACAAGAGGGUGAUGAUGGGCCAGAUGUCAGGGGUGGUUCUGGAGAUAUCUUACUUGUCCAUGCCACAGAGACAGACCGAAAAGAUCUGGUUCUUUAUUGCGAGGCUUUCCUGACCACUUACCGGACAUUCAUUACACCGGAGGAGCUGAUUGAGAAACUGCAGUACAGGUAUGAGAGAUUCUGCCACUUCCAGGACACGUUCAAGCAGCGAGUGAGCAAGAACACCUUCUUCGUGCUGGUGAGAGUGGUGGAUGAGCUCUGCUUGGUGGAGCUGACGGAUGAAAUAUUGAAGUUGCUGAUGGAAUUGGUGUUCAAGCUGGUGUGUAAAGGGGAGCUGAGUCUGGCCCGUGUACUGCGGAAAAACAUCUUGGAAAAAGUAGAUAACAAGAGGAUGCAGAGCCACUGCAACUCCGCCAUGAGACCGCUCGCUGCCAGGGGUGUCGCUGCAAGGCCAGGGACCCUCCAUGACUUCCACAGUCAUGAAAUUGCAGAACAGCUGACCCUUCUGGAUGCAGAGCUUUUCUACAAGAUUGAGAUCCCUGAGGUUUUGUUGUGGGCAAAAGAGCAAAACGAGGAGAAAAGCCCAAACCUGACACAGUUCACAGAGCACUUUAACAACAUGUCCUACUGGGUGCGAUCCAUCAUCAUGCAGCAAGAGAAGGCACAAGACCGAGAGAGGUUGCUGCUGAAAUUCAUCAAAAUUAUGAAGCACCUGAGAAAACUGAACAACUUCAACUCUUACCUUGCCAUCCUCUCUGCAUUGGACUCUGCUCCCAUCCGCCGUCUGGAGUGGCAGAAGCAGACAUCAGAAGGCUUAGCUGAAUACUGCACACUGAUAGACAGCUCGUCUUCCUUCCGAGCAUACCGGGCAGCGCUUUCUGAGGUGGAGCCCCCAUGUAUACCCUACUUGGGUUUGAUACUGCAGGACCUCACCUUUGUGCACCUGGGGAAUCCAGACCAUAUUGAUGGCAAAGUAAACUUCUCCAAGAGAUGGCAGCAGUUUAAUAUCCUAGACAGCAUGAGGCGGUUCCAGCAAGUUCACUACGAUAUUCGCCGCAAUGACGACAUCAUCUCCUUUUUCAACGACUUCAGCGACCACCUGGCCGAGGAGGCUCUAUGGGAACUGUCCUUAAAAAUCAAACCACGCAAUAUAACGCGAAGGAAAACAGAGAGAGAUGAAAAGACCUAAGAUAUGGGGGAGGCAGGCAAGACUGCCACAAGGACUAUGAAGAUGAAAUCUCUCCUAUAAAGGGGGUGCUCAAGGCGACUGAAGAGGCUACAGGGGUUAUACUUUGUUUACUGGUUGUCACUGACUCCCUACCCCUCUCCCAAAGACAUGGGUUACCCCACCCACAGUUGUCUUCUGUUAUUUUGUGACCCCUGAGUACCAUCAGGAGUCACAGACCUCUGUGCCAUGUCACUAUGGACCUCCCUGCCUUUCAUCACCAAAUGAGGACAGCGGUCAUGGCGGGUAUCGCACUGUGGCUCGAGUGACCAAAACGAACCUGCCCUUUCGUUGCCUAAGGACUUAUGGGACAUCAGGCUAGUAAAAACUAGCUGCAGAGACCAGAUAUUCAUUGUAAACUUUUUUUUAUUUGCCAACUUCAUAUUUUGUUUUCAAUUCUGCCAACGCUUCCCCUCCAUCCACAAGCAGAGGGCAGCGUGCUCCUGUAUAUAUAUCAGUAUUUGGGUCGGGACGGCAGAUAAAUGUGAUGUACUAUUAUAUUUUUUUUAUGUUGCAUGUUGAAUAUACAAAGACUGAGUGUGUAAUGUACAUAUGAGAGUAAAACGCAAGACAGACAUUAGAAUCUGUGCCAGCUGAGACAAAGGCAGGCAAAAAAAGUGAAAACUAAAACUGUCUUGCGUGGCAGGUCAAAUGUUUUAAACGUAGUUGUGCGUCACCACUUCUGAAAGUAGUGACAUGGCGAUUCUGCAUCCAUUGUGGCAAUUCUGAACAUAUAGGACCUGUGUACAUUGACCUCACACACCAAAAAGUACCAUUACAUACCUUAAGAAAAACGUAUGGUGGUCAUGAGGUUACAGAAAUAUUAAUUUAAAUAAAAAAAAUGAAAUUCA